AUGCUUCAGGCCCGACCAUCUUCCGCUUCCGGAAUGAUGUCUGGAACGCAAGGAAACGCAGGUCCUCAGUACGGUGGCUCCCAGCAGCACCGGAACAGCUUUUAUGGCAACCCAGGCGGUCCUUCGGUCUACCGAAGCGGGCCGGCCCCGAUCCAGCCAUAUGCCUUCACGGCAACACCCAAUCUGAACACCAUGCCUCAAUGGCAACAGUACGGCAACUUUCGGACCUCGUCUUCUCCGACCGUCCCGACAAUGCAGAGCCUCGACUACAACAGCAACAGCAUGCCCAGGUCUCGCUAUCCUGCCAGUGCCUCGAUGACGAACCUGCCGACAAUGGGCUCGCUAGGGUAUGGAGCUCCAGGGGUUCGUGAUGACUCGGCUAUCUCUGCUACUGGCCGACGAACAUCAGCCCAACGACCGCAUUCCGUCGUGCUGCCCGGUGCCACAGCCCAGGCGCCCAUGAUGCAAUUGUCGGGCCCGGCCAAGGCGGCUCCCGAUAGAUACAGGAGACCUGCUGCCCGGGCAAAUGAUCCUUCCCUAACCUCCCGGCAGUCGUUACCACAACUCCAUGAUCCGGCGUUUACAGGGCGGCCCAAUAGUUCGCAUGCAUCCACACCCACGUCUGGUUUCGAGGAGAUCCAGCUCUAUCGCGGGACCGAGCAGGACUCGAGGAGGGUUCGGCGACUGAGUAUGCCCGCUUUGGAUUCUGCCGAUUAUCCCAAACCCCUGACGCCACCCAUAAUCAGGCGGGCGGAGGACCCAUCCCGGCCCAUGAGUGCUGAUAAGGAGCACAAGUCCACCCGCGUCGCUGGAACUAAUGGUACCAGCGAAAAGAUGGUGCACUCCAGGACCGGUAGUUCUGAGAGUGUCGUUUCGAGUCGCAGCAGCCACUCUCGCCCAUCGUCGGCCACCAACAGAAACGCCAAUCUGUCGAUCUCCACCAGCAACCCCGCCUUGUCCUCUUCAGUCCCUGACCAGAAUGGCAGCAACCAAGACCAUCCAAAAUUGGUGAACAUUCCACCUCGCGGUUCCUCGUCUGCAGAUGUCGGCAAGAGGGUUGUUCAUCCCUCGCCUCUUUCCAGACCGAUGACGAUGGAUGCCGACCUCGACGUCGCUGGUACGACUGCCAACGAGGCGGCUGCAUCGAAAUCCAAGGUGUCUCCAUCGCCUUCUCAGGCGAGCCAUGUGGACAGCCCAGCCGUCAAGCAGCUCGCAGCGAUCAACCAGAAAGGCACCAAGCUGAAGAGCAAGACGUCGAGACUGCGUCGAGCGUUUUCGUUUGGCAGUGCUGCUGAGUUCCGCAAGGUCACGGGCACCGAGGAGGAAGAGACACCCGCCUCCUCAGCCAAUAGCCCGGCAAAGCUACACAAGCAGCCCACCGCCGAGGAACUUUAUGAGAAUGAACAGGCACGUAUCGCUCAGGCCCAAGAAGAGGCUGGGAUUGGCAACAGCAUCUAUGCUGGCGCCAAGAUCUUUGCUGGGUCCACGGAUAACCUGUCCAUCUCGUCCACGGCAUCAUCAGCCUCGAUUAUGAUUCGGAAAAUGGGCCGCGGUAUGAAGAAGGGUGGGCGCUCGUUGGUUGGCCUGUUCCGCCCGAAAUCAGUCAUUGGCAUCCCUGCUGCUGAUGCUCACUCGCCGGAGCCCGGACAGGCUGAGGUCUCCAUGAUCACCGUCGAGGCUGAGCGUGAACGGGUCAAUGUCAACGCUGACCUCCACGUUCAGAGCGGAGGUGGCACUGGCUUCCCUCGCCUGGAGCGCAACUCGAUUGACGCUUCCAAGGCUCCCAGCACUGUGUCAGAACGACUGGGAAGCUCUGGCACCGAUACCUCUGCCGCAAGAAAGAGCAUUGUCGGUGGCGAGAAGGAGCGGGCCGAGGUUCUGGCUGCUGUCCGGAAGGGCAUCCUCAAGAAGACGGAUGGCAGUGGGUCCUCAACUCCCACUCGUGGUCCAACCGACACCAAGAACCCUGCUUUCGAACUGCCGCAGGUGCCCCAUAUCUCCGAUUCACCCAUGUCGAGUGCCCCCAGCACCCCCAACGAUGACAUUCAGGGCCACAAGCGUACAGGGUCUAUCUCGAUCGGAAGCGAGGACUACUUCAUGUCGGCUCUCCGCCUCCGACAGGACACUAAGAGUGCCCCGACUACUCCUCAGGGCACACUGAAGCGCAAUGCCACAUUCAGCCCCCGCCUUGUCUUUUACGACACCUGGCCUAGCCAGGAAUAUGAUCGUCGCGGUGAAGUUGCCACGUGCAACCGUCUUACACCGAUGCUGGCUCAGCAGAUCAAAGAAGAACUGAACACUUUCAAAAUGGAAAUGGAGGUUCACGAAAACUCGAAGAUCUAUACGCACUUUUUCUGA